AUGGUGGAGAACGAUGAGGAUCGACCGCCAACCCCACCCGAGGUUUAUCAGGAAAAGAUGUGUGGCGGGUUGGCGAUUCCCGCAUCAUCCCCGUCAAUCCCACUUCUUCCAAAUGAUGACCUUCGCAACAAUCAUUUUCUUCCCUCAUUUCAUCCAUCCGAUCAACUGAAUCAUCAUGAGUUCAUGCACAACAAUCGAAUCAAUCAACACCAUAUUGAUACACUGGAAAAUGAGUGUACAAGGCUAGAAGAACAGUUGCGGAUUGAGAGGGAAGAAAAAGGAGGAUUCAAAUGGAAGCACAGGCUGGAUGAGCUCACCCGUGAGAUUUCCCAAGCCGAAGACAUUUGGAUUGGAAAGCUGAAGAUAGCGAUGGAAGAGAGAGAUCUUCUGAAACAGAAAGCCCUUGUGCUUGAGGAACAACUCGAUGGAUCGAGAGCUGAUACGAAUAGAGCGGUUGCCUAUCGAAUCGAAUUGGAGGACAGUCGGCAACGAUUGCAGACACAAUAUGAUUCACUGUUGAGAGAUUAUGAUGAGACGAUGCUCGAGAGGAGUCAUGUUCUCGAGGAGAACAACCGUUUGGCUGAGGAGAGGGAUCGGUUAAAGCAAAAUCUGAAAAAUAUAAAUGGGCUGAUGCAAGGACAACAAUCGUCCAAGAAUGACACCCAAAUACAACAGUUGCAGACGAAACUCGAUCACACUCGGCGUUUGUUGCAAUUGAACAUGCAAGAAUCGGCGGCAGCAAACGUGCGAAGAGGAGAAACGAUUGAAGAGAUUGGAAGACUCAAGAGAAGAAUCGAUGCGCUCUGUGUGGUAAGAAAAGAGGAUUUAUGCGCUCGCUUGUUGACGGCGGAAGCGGAGAGGGAAUCGGUGGCUGACAUUUGGACAAGUCACGCUGUAGAUAUUACAAUGCCAUUCCCAAAAACGAAUCUCGGAAUCAUAUUGGCGGGUGGUUCGACUCCGAUCUACGUGAAAGAAGUUCAUCCCGGCUCUCCGCUUGAGCACUCGAUAAGACGAUUCGAUCACAUUGUCUUGGUGAAUGAGAUCGAUGUGACGGACAUGGACAUUCGAUCUAUUUACGAUAUUUUGAGGAAUAGUCAUCAUCUAAAAAUGGUGAUCAGACGCCGGGCGAACAUGCACCAAAUACAAGAGGUCGUCAUUGCCGGACAUUCAGAUAUCGGCUUGGAAUUGGCCAAUGGAGUCUUCGUGAAUCGGGUUGAGCCUGGAUCGGCAACGGAUCGAGCUAAAUUGAGUGUCGGUGAUCGAGUGAUUUUCGUGAACGGAGUCCCGGUGGGCGAUGCAAGGCAAGCCGAGGAGCUACUCAAGAGCACAAACGGAGUGGCUCGUUUGGGUGUCUUGUUGGGCCGACCUCGAGAGCAAUCUCGAUCCACUGCCUCGACGGAAAAGUCUUCAAAAUCCGUUUUUCGAAGUUGCCUUUUCCAGGUGCACGAGAAGUUAUUUGGCGGUAGAGCUCCGACCAAAACGCGAGACAUCAUCGCCACGGCGAAUAUCGAUCCUGAUACGCCUGGUGAUUUCAUGCGCCACGGAUCGCUGCGCGUCCCAGCUCCGUCACCCCGUCAACAGCAAUUGAUUAGAACUGGAUCAUUGAGAGCUCCAUCCGGUGUGGGUCUGCAAAAGGAGUUGGUCGGGAAAAUGGAUCAAUUCCGGCACUCGGUCGCCUCGUCGCCCGUUCACCCAUCCACCGGAUCAACAUGGCCAAAAUUGAUAGAUCCAACGUCGGGUUUUCUUGCCAAACCUGUUCCUGCACUUCUCCAUCUCCAUUCCCGGCUUCAACCUCAUCAAUCGAUUCUCCUCGAUUGGCCUCUUCCACUCCGCGCCCUUCUGCCUCCACUCAUGGGCAUCGAGUCAGCGCUAAUUUUAGCGGCGCUCUCCCCAGCCUCCACCCUAUCCUGGUCGCCGUCUCGAUGCCUCACUCUCCUCAAUUCUUUUUCUUCAUCCAAUUCAGUUCCCCAUCCGUCAACCUCAUCUGUCAAUUAUCAAAUCAAUAACUCGCCAAGUGAGACCGUUCUCUCCGAGUAUGCGUCGGAGGCGAUUCGACGGUUGACAAGGAGUCGAGAUAGUGAAUUUGAGCCCGGUGACAUAAGCUUGGAAAGGCAUCCAGUGAGACAAAAGAAACACAUGGAUGAGGUCGUCUUUCAGCCAUCGAAAGAUCGAUUCGAGCAAGAGACCGAUGAUGCGUUCCCUGUGGGCAUAUUUCCGCGAUGGGUGCAGGUGUGUUCCUCGACGAAAUGUGCGUAUUUGGGAGGGAAUCUUUGUGGAAUCGUGGCCGAUUGUAAUGUGGUGAAUCCACAAAAUCCGGAUAAUACGAUCUAUGCGGGAGAUCUCAUUUUGGAGGUUGACGGAAUGGAUGUGAGAACGGCAACACUCGAGAUUGCGACUGCUUAUUUAACUGAGGGUACAUCCGAAUUGGUUGGUCUUUUCGUGGAUGGUGGUGGUGAUCGAUUGGAGAAGAUUCGAGCUGGAACUGAUGGCGAUGGAUUUUACGUGAGAAUCAACGUUGAUCGAAUUGGUGAGAAUGGAGACGAGUUGGAUAUCAAAGCUGGAGAGAUUGUCUACGUGGACAACACUCUCUUCAUGGGGCAAAAGGGGCGGUGGAGAGCGUGGAAAGUUGACAGAGAAGGACGUCAGCGCCAGUGCGGAAUCAUCCCGUCAGCCGAGUUGGUGCACCGAGAUCGAGGCAGACAAAAGGGACGCUACAACGCGCCAAAGCUCACCCGUGGCACUCCGUCACUAUUGGGCGCGGUGAGAGCCGUUUACGAGCGAGUGGAACGGGUGGCCGCGUCGGAGAAGCGACCGAUUCUCCUCGUUGGCCCGUACACGGCCCCAUUCACUCAGACACUCCUUGACGAUGCACCAAACAAG